GGAUACUCAAUAAGAGCAGAGGAACAUAAAAACCGGAAUCAUGAGUCAGAAGAAGGUUGCUCCAGCUAUCAAGACUGUCGAUGGGAAAUCACCCCCGAGCUACGAGGAGGCAAAUGAAGGAUGCCCAGGUUACUAUUAUGUGGAUGGGGAACAAGUGGUUUUCUCCUGGGAUGAUAAGAACAUCCGCCGUGUAUUUAUCCGGAAGGUGUAUGCCAUCCUGAUGUUCCAGCUGUUUGCCACUCUUGCGAUAGUGACUCUUUUUACAUUCUGCAUGCCAGUGAAAAUCUACAUUCAGACUCAUCCAGGACUUUACUCGCUGGCCUACCUGUUUUUCUUCAUCUCCUACAUCACCCUGGCCUGCUGUGGUGAUAUCAGGCGGCAGUUUCCCUGGAACUUCAUUCUGCUCACCAUCUUUACUAUCAGCAUGGCUUGCAUGCUUGGCUUUGUUUCCAGCUUCUACAACACUAAGUCUGUGGUGUUAUGCCUGGGAAUCACUGCAAUGGUGUGUCUGUCUGUCACCGUCUUUAGCUUCCAAACCAAGGUGGACUUCACCUCGUGCCAGGGGCUUCUCUUUGUCCUCUGCAUGGUCUUGUUCUUCUGUGGCAUCAUCAUGGGCUUCGUUGUUCCCUUCGGUUAUGUGCCAUGGUUGCAUGCCAUCUAUGGAGUCAUUGGGGCGAUUGUGUUCACUAUGUUCCUGGCUUUUGACACUCAGUUGCUGAUGGGCAACAAGAAGUACGCCAUGAGUCCGGAGGAGUAUGUGUUUGCCACCCUCAGCCUCUACCUGGACGUCGUCUACCUGUUCUCCUUCCUCCUACAGUUGUUUGGCGGACAUGAGUAAAGAUUACCCACCUUCUCCUCCAUCUUCCAGCCGACCUCCUGCUUCCAACUGACAAACGGCGAUCAGUAUUUCUCCAUCCAUAAACGCCAUAGCUCACUUCCUGCA